UGCAUGUUCUGCGAGCGAGUCGUGAAUUGCUUGUCAGGAUUCCGGGUCGUCUCCAUAGCUAUGGGGGCCGAGUUAGAAUACAGAGGCAAGCACGUCCUCGCACCAAUGGUGCGGGUGGGAGGGCUCCCGUUCCGUAUGUUAGCGGCAGAAUACGGGGCGGACAUCACCUACGGCGAGGAAAUUGUGGACCACAAGAUGGUGCGCUGUGCGCGUGUGGUGAAUGAAGACCUUGGGACGGUAGACUUCGUCGAGAAGAGCAGCAAUGAGGUCGUGUUUCGCACCUGUGACGAGGAGAAACAUCGCGUGGUCUUCCAGGUCGGGACGUCGGAGGCCGUUCGGUGUUUGAAGGCGGCCAAUCUCGUGGCAGGGGAUAUUGCGGCAUUUGAUGUGAACAUGGGAUGUCCGAAGAGCUUUUCUACGAGUGGAGGCAUGGGCUCUGCGCUCUUAUCGAAACCGGAUGUGAUUCACGACAUCUUGACCACUUUGAAGCGGAACCUGAACAUCCCCGUGACGUGUAAGAUUCGGUUGCUGAAGACGUACGGGGAGACCGUGGAGCUGGCGCGUCGAAUUGAGAAGACGGGGGUGUCUGCGUUGGCUGUGCAUGGGAGGAGAGUGCCGGAUAGGCCCCGAGACCCAGCGCAGUGGGACGGGAUUCAGGAGGUAGUAUCGGCGCUUUCCAUCCCGGUGAUUGCGAAUGGGGAUGUUUUCGAGUACUCUGAUUUUCAGCGCAUUAAAGAUGCGACUGGCGCUGCCUCGGUGAUGGUGGCCAGAGGAGCUAUGUGGAAUGUUUCUGUAUUUCGACCCGAGGGAAAGCACUUUUGGGAGGACGUGAAAAGAGAAUAUGUCAGGAAAUGUAUCGAAUGGGAUAAUGAUGUGAGGUGGACCAAGCACACAUUGAAAGAGAUGAUCCAGUACCACUCUUGUUUGGAAUUUGCUGAGGGCAAGGCAAUGUAUCGCUGCAAAACGCUUGCGGAUGUUGCAGAUAUGUACGAUAUGCGGGAUUAUUACAACGAGUUGCAGGCCUCUCGGAGCCGAAAUGGAUUCGCAUCGCACACAGAAGGUUGUUUUUAGGCCUUCUGUGGUAAUUUUUUUUCAAUCUUCAUUGAUUGAGAAGCUACUUUCAGAAGGUGGAGCGGUAGGUGGAAUGAAUCUGUUCUUGAACAGGCUUUGGUGUACGGUUCUUAAUGUGAGUGAGAUGGAUAUUUGCAACCACAUCAACAUGGCCAAACUUAGAGCUGAAGCAGCAUAUCAUCAUCUCUUAAAGACACCAGUGAUGACCGCUCCAGCUAUCAAUCUUGCUUACUUCUGGAACCUCAUAUAUAUAAUCUAUUGCGUGGAAUAGUGGAAGUUCGAUCUCAUCCUCUGGAGAAUUUCAGCUCUCUAUUUAAUCCGCAUGUGGAUGUCCCAUAAUCAUCCAAGGCCGUUUCAAUGAGGUGCCUGGUUUCUGCAGUUGGAUUUUACAGAAGUCAAGUGAUAUGUAGCUUUAGGAAGUCCAGUAGAUGCGGCCAUCAGCGAUGGAAGAUGAGCCAGAAUGAUUGGGCUGCGCACUCUUAACCGUACUAGUGACCGGUUGUAUGUGAUGUAUGGACAUUUUAUACAAUAUAAUUAUCCCAAAUGCCAAGAUCUGAAAACAUUUUAGUUGUCUUUUU